AUGAGAGCAGCCAGAUCGAGCCCUUGUCCUGCCACACUCACCAAGAGCUCUUGUCCUGCCACACUCACCAAGAGCCCUUGCCCUGCCACACUCACCAAGAGCCCUUGUCCUGCCACACUCACCAAGAGCCCUUGUCCUGCCACACUCACCAAGAGCCCUUGCCCUGCCACACUCACCAAGAGCCCUUGGGAGGCGGCCACGGGGGCGGCCAUCGCCUUCGCGAGCAUCCAGCGGCCGAGCGCGGAGCGCUCCGUCUUCCUGCCGGGACGCGGCUUCAGGGUGCGCGUCACUCACGUGGAGCGCCUCGGAUCGUCGCGCGCGGAGAAGAGUUCGUGCAUGUUCACGGUGGAGCUGUCGCACGGAGAGUUCGCCUGGACCAUCCGCCGGCGCUACAAACACUUCCAGGCGCUGCACCAGGAGCUGCAGCGCUACCGCACCCUCCUGCACAUCCCAAUCCCGACACGCUGCGGUCCUCGCCGUGGAGGCCGCGACGGCGACGACCGGAAGAUUCCGGCGCUGCCGCACCGAAUUGUCGAUGGGAAGCGUCAUGACGACCUCGAUGGCGGUGGUCGUGACGAGCACACCACGUCCAUCCGCAGGAAGCAGAUCGAGCAGUACCUGAGCACGCUGCUGGAGACGCCGAUCUACAGGGACUACGCGGCCAUGUGGGAGUUCCUGGAAGUGAGUUUCCUCUCAUUCAUCCGAGACCUGGGACCUAAGGGCAUUGAGGGCUAUCUGAUGAAGCGCUCCGGUGGGUACAAGAUGGGCCACUGUGGGGGUGGUGAGGCGUGCUCACGCUGGUCCAAGCGGUGGUUCGUGCUCAAGGACUCGUUCCUGCUGUACACGGACGCCGACGGUGGCCACGUCUCCGGCGUGCUGCUCUUCGACCGCGACUUUGACGCGCAGACCAACAACAGCAACGACAGCAGCCACGCAGACAAGACGGCGCGCGUCAACAUCGAGAACAUGAGCAGGACACUGACGGUGCGCUGCCCAUCGUUCCGCCACAGCUUGUGGUGGAGCAAAUCGCUGCGGGAGUUCGCGGAGACCCACGGCAGUGACUACAAACACAGCAACCGCUUCGACGGCUUCGCCCCGCCACGGCCACUGACGCACGCACGCUGGUUCGUGAACGCCGCUGAGUACUUUGUGCAGGUGGCUGACGCCCUGCAGGAGGCCAAGGAGGAGAUCUUCAUCACGGACUGGUGGCUGAGCCCAGAGAUCUUCCUCAAGAGGCCUCCGAUGGAGGGGAACUACUGGCGCCUCGACUGGGUGCUUAAACGCAAGGCCGAGAGUGGUGUACGUGUGUACGUGCUGCUGUACAAGGAGGUGGAGCUGGCGCUGGGGAUCAACAGCGGCUACAGCAAGCGCAGCCUCAUGGGCAUGCACCCCAACAUCCGGGUGCUGCGUCACCCAGACAAGGUGCCGUCCAGCGUGCUGCUGUGGGCUCACCACGAGAAGCUGGUGGUGGUGGACCAGGCCGUCGCCUUCCUGGGGGGCCUCGACCUCGCCUACGGACGCUGGGACGACCACCAACACCGGCUCACUGACAUUGGCAGCGUGCAGCGAACCGUCGACACCUCGCUGACCCACACGAGUGAGCGCGCUCCGAUGUCUCCCAUCUCCACCGACUCCCUCACCGAUCUCUCCGUCAAACGCGGCGGCGGGGGGGGGGGAGCCAUCGCCGACGGGGCGGCGGCCAGGGGCGGCACCAGGGGCGGCGCCGGCACCACCGCGGCGGGGGGGGUCGAGGGGUCGGAGGAGCCCGACGGCGCCGGAGCCUCCGGCAACCGCGACCUCAUGGACAACAUCGUGCAGCGUUGGAGAGGCGUCCUGAGGAAUCGACUCACCAGGGAAUCGAGGUCGACCUGGAAGAAACCUGACGACAAGGAGCGAACGGCCACGCUCCAGGGCCAGGCGAGGUUCUGGCACGGCAAGGACUACUGCAACUUCGUCCUCAAGGACUGGGUACGCCUGGACAAACCUUUUGACGACUUCAUCAACCGGCACGAGACGCCGCGGAUGCCGUGGCACGACGUGGCGGCCGUGGUGCACGGAGCGGCGGCGCGAGACGUCGCUCGCCACUUCAUCCAGCGGUGGAACUACACCCGGACGAUGAAGAAGAAGAAGUCAACGGCGACGUUCCCCAUGUUGGUGCCCAAGUCUCUGAGCACGGCGGACGAAGCAGCCCGCCGCGUGCCGGGGUCACAGCCCCUCACCGUGCAGAUCCUCCGCUCAGCGUGCGACUGGUCGGUGGGGAUCAGACGCGUGGAGGACUCCAUCCUGCAGGCCUACGUGAGCGCCAUCCAGCGCAGCCGCCACUACAUCUACAUCGAGAACCAGUUCUUCAUCAGCUGCUGUGACGACAAGACGGUGCUCAACGGCAUUGGAGACGCGCUGGUGCAGGCCAUCCUCAGCGCACACCGGGAGGGUCGCCGGUUCCGCGUGUUCGUGGUGCUGCCCCUGCUGCCCGGGUUCGAGGGGGACAUCUCCAGCGGCGGUGCCAGCGCCAUCCACACCAUCAUGCACUUCAACUACCGGACCAUGUGCCGUGGUCGCUAUUCCAUCGUGGAGAGGUUGACUGCCGAGGUGGGGUCUGCGUGGGUGAACCACGUGUCGUUCUGCGGCCUGCGCACGCACGCCGAGCUUGGCGGCCACCCCGUGACGGAGCUGGUUUACGUUCACAGCAAACUCAUGGUGGUGGACGACACCACGGUGAUCAUCGGCUCGGCCAACAUCAAUGACCGCAGCAUGCUGGGGCGCAGAGACAGCGAGGUGGCGCUGGUCGCUGAGGACACGAACUUCGUGGCCUCCACCAUGGACGGGAAGCCCUACCAGGCCGGAGCCUUCGCACACAGCCUGCGCACCUACUGCUUCAGGUUGGUGCUGGGGCUGCUCGACUCUCCCGAGGUGGACAUCUCUGACCCCGUGUGUGACCACUUCUUCAAGGAGGUGUGGAUGGCGACGGCCGGACGCAACGCCACCGUCUACGAGAAGGUGUUCCGCUGUUUGCCGUCAGACUUUGUGCUGAACCGUCGUCAGCUGGCGGCCUUUGUGGAGGAGCCGGCGAUGGCGCGAGCCGACCCGGCGGGGGCCCUCGCGCGGCUGGCCGACGUCCGUGGCUUCCUCGUCCACUUCCCCCUCUACUUCCUGCGCGACGAGAACCUCCUCCCGGCCCUCGGCACCAAGGAGGGCCUCAUGCCCUCCGAGCUGUGGACCUGAGACUCGCCCCGCUCACUCGCUCACACACUCACACGCUCGCACACUCGCACACUCGCUCACUCACACGCUCGCUCGCACACUUACACACUCGCUCGCACACUC